CCUUUCAUUUUUUUUAUUCUUGCUUGCGUCUUUUGCUCAGUUCGCCGAUCGAGAAAUCGACAGAUUGGGUGGGCGAUAGAGGCGAGGCGAAGAUGUUAGGGGCUGCGGGAAGGCGGAUUCUAGGAUUUGGGUUGGGAAAACGGGCGCCGGCGUCGGCGUCGGCGACGGCGUGGCGGGGAUACCACGAGAGGGUGGUGGACCACUACGAUAACCCUAGGAACGUCGGAUCCUUCGACAAGAACGAUCCGUCGGUGGGGACGGGUCUUGUCGGCGCGCCGGCGUGCGGCGAUGUGAUGAAGCUGCAGAUCAAGGUCGACGAUACUACCGGAAAGAUUGUUGAUGCCUGCUUCAAGACAUUUGGUUGUGGCUCGGCCAUCGCGUCAUCUUCUGUCGCUACAGAAUGGGUGAAGGGAAAGCAAAUGGAGGAAGUGUUAUCCAUAAAAAAUACCGAUAUUGCCAAGCACCUUUCACUUCCCCCGGUGAAGCUUCACUGCAGCAUGCUUGCAGAAGAUGCAAUCAAAGCGGCCGUGAAAGACUAUGAAGCAAAGAAAGUCAAAUCUACUGGUAAGACCGAGGCAGUGCAAACUGACAAGGUUGCAAAUGCCUAAAAGGUCACUUGGAAGGACAUACUUGCAAGACUUGCCUAGAAUGUACUAAGUGGUAUAACUUGCGUUUAGUGUGCAUCAUAUGCCUAUAACGGUGCAAACUGAUCCGAGAAAACUAAUACCUUCCUGGUUAGAAUGCCACUUUCUGGUGUGUUUAUAUUGUUUAAAAAUAAGCUAGGGGGAUAUAAACUUUUAAAGAUCGUAUCUUGGAUUUAUGGUUGUUCUUUUGCUUA